GAGCCGACUGACUGGAGCGGCGCUGGGAGCGGCUGUCGGAUGCCGGCGGAGCCGCGGACCAGGAAGAAGAUGAGCCUAAAGUCUGAACGCCGGGGAAUUCAUGUGGAUCAAUCUGAGCUCUUGUGUAAGAAAGGAUGUGGUUACUAUGGAAACCCUGCCUGGCAGGGUUUCUGCUCCAAGUGCUGGAGGGAGGAGUACCACAAGGCCCGACAGAAGCAGAUCCAAGAGGACUGGGAACUGGCAGAAAGGCUUCAGCGGGAGGAGGAAGAGGCCUUUGCUAGCAGCCAGAGCAGUCAAGGAGCCCAGUCCCUCACAUUCUCCAAGUUCGAGGAAAAGAAAACCAAUGAGAAGACCCGGAAGGUCACCACAGUGAAGAAGUUCUUCAGCGCCUCUUCCAGGGUGGGAUCCAAGAAAGCAGAAAUUCAGGAAGCCAAAGCUCCCAGUCCCUCCAUAAACCGGCAAACCAGCAUUGAGACGGAUCGAGUGACUAAAGAGUUCAUAGACUUUCUCAAGACCUUCCACAAGACAGGCCAAGAAGUCUAUAAACAGACGAAGAUGUUUUUGGAAGCAAUGCAUUACAAAAGGGACUUAAGCAUCGAGGAGCAGUCAGAAUGUACUCAGGACUUUUACCAGAAUGUGGCCGAAAGAAUGCAGACUCGUGGAAAAGUGCCUCCAGAGAAAGUGGAGAAGAUAAUGGAUCAGAUUGAAAAACACAUCAUGACUCGUCUCUAUAAAUUCGUGUUCUGCCCAGAGACUACUGAUGAUGAGAAGAAAGAUCUUGCCAUUCAAAAGAGGAUCAGGGCUCUACAUUGGGUAACACCUCAGAUGCUCUGUGUCCCUGUCAGUGAGGAAAUCCCUGAAGUAUCUGACAUGGUGGUGAAAGCCAUCACAGACAUCAUUGAGAUGGACUCAAAACGUGUGCCUCGGGACAAGCUAGCCUGCAUCACCAGAUGCAGCAAGCACAUCUUCAACGCCAUCAAGAUCACCAAGAAUGAGCCAGCCUCUGCUGAUGACUUCCUUCCCACCCUCAUCUACAUCGUCCUAAAGGGCAACCCCCCUCGCCUGCAGUCUAAUAUCCAGUACAUCACUCGCUUCUGCAAUCCCAGCCGGCUUAUGACGGGCGAGGACGGCUACUACUUCACUAACCUGUGCUGUGCUGUGGCUUUCAUUGAGAAGUUAGAUGCCCAGUCUCUGAAUUUAAGUCAGGAAGAUUUUGACCGAUACAUGUCCGGCCAGACCUCCCCGAGGAAGCAGGAGCCCGAGAGCUGGUCCCCUGAAGCCUGCUUAGGCGUGAAGCAAAUGUAUAAGAACUUGGACCUCCUGUCUCAGCUGAAUGAACGGCAGGAAAGGAUCAUGAAUGAAGCCAAGAAACUUGAAAAAGACUUAAUCGACUGGACAGAUGGAAUUGCCAAGGAAGUUCAAGACAUUGUUGAGAAAUACCCACUUGAGAUCAAGCCUCCAAACCAACCAUUAGCAGCCAUUGACUCUGAGAAUGUGGAAAAUGACAAGCUCCCUCCCCCACUGCAACCACAGGUGUACGCAGGGUGAUGUCUUGCUCAUGGCCAUAUUUAGUUGGGGCUGAUUUCAGAGAGCUGCUGUGUUCCACUGUUCAGGUCCGGAAUACAAGUUAACUGCUUAAAACAUCAAAGUAUUUUUAAGGUACAGUUUUAGGGAUUGUUUUAUUUUUUUUUUCUAGCAGGGGAAGUUAGUAAAUAAUAAUGCACUAUUUAUUUGAGUUGGUGAAGUAGGUUUGUAUAAAUUCUGUUUCAAUCUUUUAUGUCCUUUCUGAUUUUCCCAUGGGCUUCCUCUGUGGUAGACACUGUUAUUGGUUUUGGGCAAAUACUGCCUUUUAAAGGAUAAACAGAUUCUACAAAGUCUACAUUGAAAUGAAUUUAAUGUUCCCACACUCUCCCAGUGUGAAGUAAUUUUAUAAUUGUAAAGAUAGAAGAUAUAUUAAUAAGUAAAUAUGUAAAAUUGUAAAUAUGUAAAAAAUAGGACUCGGGGAGGGAUGGUGUCUGCACGCAUGGCAUUUCACAUGCUGAUUUUUUUUUAGGUGAAAAUGAAAUAUAUUGAAUAUUUGCCGUUAGCACAGUUUUAUUUGUUUUUGUCCUACUGAAAAUAAUCUAAAUAUUUUGUGCUCUCACAUUUAACAGUACAUUAGCACUAACUGCCCUAACUCUGAGGUCCUCUCAGGUACACAUUAGGAAGUGUGACACCAACUUUUAGGUCACAUGAAGUAUCGUUGUGGGACCUUGGGGAGGUGGCUCAGUAAGCACUUUCCACACCGGUGUGAGGACCUGAUUUCAAUGUCUAGCAUGCAUGUCAGCAGCUCAGCAUGAUGACAUGUACCUGCGAUGGCACUGCUAGGAGGCGGUGACAGGCGGGUUCCUAGAACUUGCUGACUAGCAAGCUUUGCCUCACCUAACCAUCCAGUUCCAGGUCCCAGUGAGAGACGCUGUCUAAACAACAGAUCUAGACAGAUGGCUCCUGAGAAAUGACACCCAAGGUGUGUACCUGUACACACAUGUGUACCACACACACAUAAACAUAUCACAUACAGAGUUGCUAGCUAGUACGGUUGACUUUGAACUGUGCUUGUAGCAUCCUCCCCCUUAAUCAUCCAACAAACUUCUCCACUUGCUGUGGUGGUUGUUGCUUUUUUCUUUGAUUUUUUUUUUUGUUUUGUUUUGUUUGUUUUGUUUGUUGAAACAGACUGUUGCUAUGUAACCCAGGCUGGCCUCAAACUUGUGAUCACCCUACCUCAAGCUCCCAUUGUUGGGAUUUAUGUACGUACCACCACACAGCUCAUUCAGACACAUCGUCACUGAGUUGUGCGAUGCAAAGACUUAGUCUUGAAUGGAAGUUGGAAUAAACUGUCAACAGGUAGUAGGCAACAGGUAAAGUAAACCUUUCAGAAUCCCCACCUCAGAACUGACAGUAGUGGCCUGAGAAUUCUGUUGCUGUGCACAGUGUGGGAUGUGUGAGUACCAUUCCUGCUUUCUGUGCCCAGUAGAUGCCAGCAGCACCCCACGUUUGUGGGCUAAUGGUCUCCAUUCAUGUGGUGACACAUGUUUAUAAUCCUGGUCCUCGGGAGGUGGAGGCAGGAGGACAGGAGUUCAGGCCAUCCUUAUACACACAGUGAGUUUGAGAUAAGCCUGGGCUGUGGAGAUCCUGUCUCAAAGAAAGAAAAAAUAAACUUGACUCUGGGCAUUAUUAAAUGUCUCCUGGGGGACAGAGCUAGCCCCUGCUAAGUAAGAAUCACCAGUCUCAUGUAAGCGAGGAGGUUAUGCUCCUGCUAGUUAAUAGGCUAUAACCAAAGAAUAUUGCAUUGAUUAGAUAGUAUCAUGCUACUUGAUGUCUCCCUCAGAGAGGCCCUUCAGUGGGGAACCUUCUCUAAUCCUGUGGAACUUUUUACAACCUGGUUAUACCAUGGAUGGAUGACUCUUCUACGUGGUUAUUAUCAGCACCCUUGUGGAAUUAGGAAUUCCUCAGGACACCAUUGUUGAACAGUGUCAUGGCAUUCAAGCAGCUGAGAAAGGCUUUCUUCCUUUCUCAACAUAUUUUCCUAAAUGUUUACUACAAAUAUGUAGUAUAAUAAUUUUGGAAUAAAAGUAGGACAAGUAUAUAACUUUUAAAAUAUUUGUUUUUUAAUUAUGUGUAUGUCUCUGUGUGUUCAUGUUCGUGUGAAUGCAGUUACCUGUGGAGGACAGAAGAGGGCAUCAGAUCCACUGGACCUAGGGGUGCAGGUGGAGUUGGUAGUGAGCUACCUGGUAGUUACUGAGAAUCAAAUUCAGAUUCUCUGCAGAAAUAGUAUAUGCUGUUAACUGUUAAGCCAUCUCUCCAGCAUGAAUAUAAAACUUUAAUGCUUUAUUUAAACUGGUAUUAAAUAUACCAAAUUUGACACAUCGACUGUCACUAAAGACAUAGAGCAGCUGAAUCAGCUGUCCCCAGGUUCAACCACAAGGCAGUGAAUUACACUCGGUGCCUGUGAAAGGGUUGAGGAAAUGGCUCAGUAGGUGAAAUGCUAGCUUUGCAAGCAUGAGACCCUGUUUUUAAUCCCCGGAACCCAUGUUAAAAAACCUGGCUUGUUGGCGCAUCCUGGUAAUCUCAGCACCGAGGAAGUGGAGACAGGAAGAUCCUUGCACUCCUUGGCUAGCCAUCCGACUGUCCUUGGGGAGUUGCAAGCCGAUGAGAGAUACUGUAUUUUCAAAAAGCAAAGUUGGUAGCAUUUGUCCAGGGGAACUAAAUUAAAGGCUGAUCUGGCUUCCUCAUACACAUAUAACUAGUCGGGAUCUUCUCUCACAGUGACGUGAGUCCAGGAGAUUUCAGUGACUCACUUUCAUUUUCUUUAUUUUCUCUCCUUUCUAGGUGCUAAUCCAGGCCCACACAGUCUUAAAAUUCCUGGAAACAUCUAGUUCUUUUAGUUGUACAUUGGUAAAUAGAAUAAUAUCAAAGCUGGUGGGAUAAAAACAGAUUCCAAGUUCAAUUUGAUCCCCAGCACUGUAUAAACAAACAGAAAAAUAGUUUGGAGUCAGCCUUGGCUACAUUAGGAGCCCACAGCCAACCUAGGCUACAUAACAGCUUGUAUCAAAAAAAAAAAAAAAAAAUAAGAAAUACCCGUCAGCCUCCCACAAAAGCUGACGGCUGCGUUUCUUGCAGGUUAUUCACUGAAUUUCUGUGGGUAUGUCAUGUUGGUCCAGUGCUGGAGAUAAUGUCUCAUGCCUCAGAUAGAGGCUGUUUCUCCUCAGUCAGCAUCAGGACGGCGGCCAGAGAUUGUUUUCUAAACAAGAAAGUGUGGUAUUUAUGUAUUGUGAAUGUGAUUCAAAUCAAGUGUUGGGAAAGAUGUCCAUAUCAAUAAAAGUUUAUGAUCCAUCCUUCUUCCAAGUAGAUU